AUGGCUGUACCGGUCUCUGCAAUUGGAUUUGAAGGCUAUGAAAAGAGGCUCGAGGUCUCAUUCUUCGAGCCUGGACUGUUUGCUGACCCUGCCGGCAUGGGUCUCCGUUCUCUGUCGAAAGAUCAAUUGGAUGAGAUUCUGAAACCAGCUGAGUGCACCAUUGUUUCCUCACUCUCUAAUGAUGAUCUGGACUCUUAUGUCCUUUCGGAAUCAAGCCUCUUUGUGUACCCAUACAAAGUGAUCAUCAAAACCUGUGGAACAACGAAAUUGCUUCGAUCAAUCCCUGCCAUCCUCAAGUUGGCUGAGACUCUUUCCUUGGCUCCCUCUCCACAUCGUAGCUUUUCAGAGGAAGUAGCUGUCCUGGAUGGCCAUUUUGGCAAGCUUGGUUUGGCAAGCAGAGCAUAUGUUAUGGGUAGCUCUGACAAAACACAGAAAUGGCAUAUUUACUCUGCAUCGGCAGAGUUGGCAAGCUUACUUUGGGGCGCACGCCAAUCAGGACCCACAUACACAUUGGAGAUGUGCAUGACUGGUUUGGACAGGAAGAAGGCAUCUGUGUUUUACAAAUCAAACGCAAGUUCAGCUGCUGGUAUGACUGAAGAAUCUGGCAUUAGGAAGAUCCUCCCCCAGUCUGAAAUAUGCGACUUUGAGUUUGAUCCUUGUGGUUACUCCAUGAAUUCGAUUGAAGGGAAUGCAAUUUCUACCAUCCAUGUGACACCAGAAGACGGUUUCAGCUACGCGAGCUUUGAAACAAUGGGAUACGACUUCAAAAAUGUGAAUUUGACCCAGCUGAUUGACAGUGUUUUGGAUUGUUUCAAACCGGCUGAGUUCUCCGUAGCUUUGCAUACCACCAGUACUGCAGGCGAACAACUCAACGCUAAGUUCCCCCUGGACGACUUGAGGGGAUACUGUUGCGGAGAAAGCAACUAUGAGAUGCUGGGUUUGGGUGGUGCUGUCAUCUUCCACAGCUUUGUCAAGGAUGCAGGUUCCCAGUCUCCAAGGUCAAUUCUGAAAGGUUGCUGGAGCGAGGACGAGAAGGACGAGGAAGUUGAAGAGAUACUUAAGGACAAGAUCUAG